AUGACUUUAAAACCCUUUACCUACCCAUUUCCAGAGACGAGAUUUCUUCAUGCAGGACCCAAUGUGUAUAAGUUCAAAAUCAGAUAUGGCAACAGCAUCAGAGGAGAAGAAAUAGAAAACAAGGAAGUCAUCAUCCAGGAGCUAGAGGAUUCUAUCCGUGCAAUCUUGGGGAACUUGGACAAUCUGCAGCCAUUUGUUACAGAACACUUCAUUGUAUUUCCUUAUAAAAGCACAUGGGAGAGAGUCUCCCACCUGAAAUUCAAACAUGAGGAUGUCAUCUUGAUUCCAUACCCAUUUGUUUUCACUCUAUACGUGGAGAUGAAACGGUUUCAUGAAAGCCUGUCAUGUGGGAAACCAGCAAAUGACAGUCCUCUUGGGUUGGCCCUAAUGGAGAAGAAAGCAGCAGAAGCUGUGAUGAAGAAACGAAAAUUCAUGGAAGAGCCCAGUCCCCCCAGCAGGCCAGGGCUGCGCAGGUCCAAGAUGAGGACUUCUAGCCAAUGCCCCAGCAAAAAGAAACCCCCGAAGAAAACCAAGAGGAACAAGGAAAGAGAAGCCCAGCAGGAAUGGAAGGAGACCUCAGUCUCUGAUACCACUGGUGUCCAGGAACAGGAUUUUAAGUGGGGACACAGCCUGCCAGGGCCAAUUGUCCCACCACUGCAGCAGAACAAGUUGCCUCAACCUAAAGAGGUAGAAACCAGUGGCUUCUUUGGGUUUCUCAGCACUCUCUUCCCGUUUCGGUAUUUCUUCAGGAAGAGCAGCCGUUAAGCCUUCCAGAUGCAGCACAGCGGUGGAAAGAGGGUCUUCUGCAGCAUUCCUCCUCCAGCUUCAUCCUCUUCUUUUUUGGUGUUUGUUUUGUUUUUAAGGCUGGUUGUGUAGCCCAGACUGGCCUGGAGCUGUCAACUCUCUGGCCUCAGCCUCCUGAGUGCUGGGAUUACAGGCUUGUAUCACCGUGCACAGCUUUC